UGAGGUUUGCCUUCCUUUGGAGGUCGACCCGCGCGCCGCUCCUGCCUUCCAUGUCCACUUCCCUGUCUCUUCAGUUGUCUCCACGUUUUUUUGCUCACCGUCGGUCAACAUCACUAUUUCGCAACCAGUUUUUGGAUGCACAGGACUGUACUAGUAUUCUAUCACAGAAGGGAACCCGAACACUCGUCAUCUCCAUCGUCACAAACUCAUACGCCAUUGCAAUUGCACCACCUGCAACGCAACCGAUAUCCAGUAUAGUCGUAAACCCUCAGCCAACAGCAAGUUUUACAUCCGGGAACAUACGAAGCAGCCUCGCUCGUCAGCCGUGCAUCAUCGACCACAAUGGGCGACUUCAGCAACUAUGGUGGCUCUGAUGAAGAGAACGCCGAAAUCAAGAGGCUUAACGCCGAGGUGGAUGCCGAUACCGACAACUUCGAGAACUGGGAGAAACUGGUACGCGCCUGCGAAGGGCUUGAAGGCGGUCUCAACAGGAACUCGAGCCCGCAGGCUCUGGCUACCCUCCGCGCCACAUACGAUCGAUUCCUCCUCAAGUUUCCCUUGCUGUUUGGCUACUGGAAAAAGUAUGCGGAUCUCGAAUUUAACAUCUCGGGUCCCGAGUCGGCCGAAAUGGUGUAUGAGCGAGGAUGCGCUAGCAUCACCAAUUCGGUCGACCUGUGGACAGAGUAUUGCUCCUUUAAGAUGGAAACUACUCAUACACCCCAUCUCGUGAGAGAGCUUUUCGAGCGCGGCGCUACCCAUGUCGGCCUAGACUUCCUCGCCCACCCCUUCUGGGACAAGUACCUCGAGUACGAAGAGAGACAAGAGGCACAAGAUAAGAUCGUCGCGAUACUGAACCGGGUCAUUCGGAUUCCGAUGCACCAAUAUGCGCGCUACUUCGAGCGGCUCAGGACCCUCGCUCAGACACGUCCACUUUUGGAGUUAGUUUCUGCCGAUGCGUUGGCCCGCUACCGGGCGGAAGUCGAAGCCGAGAAUGCCCCCUACGGGAUCCAAAAGAGUGAGCCCGAGAUCGAGCGUGACAUCCGGGCCAAGAUCGAUGCGCAGCUAUACACGGUUUUCCAGCAGACACAGGCCGAGACCACAAAGCGCUGGACCUUUGAAUCAGAGAUCAAACGACCUUAUUUCCACAUUACGGAGCUUGAGCAUGCGCAGCUGGCCAACUGGCGCAAGUAUCUCGAUUUCGAGGAAUCUGAGGGCAAUUUCGGCAGAAUUGUUUUCUUAUACGAGAGGUGCUUGGUCACCUGUGCUCUUUACGACGAGUUUUGGUUCCGCUACGCUCGGUGGAUGUCGGCACAAGAAGGCAAGGAGGAGGAAGUACGCAACAUCUACCUCCGCGCAACGACUCUGUAUGUCCCGGUUAGUCGGCCGGGAAUUCGGCUCCAGUAUGCCUACUUCGAGGAGAUGUCCGGACGUAUCGAUGUUGCCCGCGACAUCCACGCGGCCAUCCUUAACAAGCUACCCGAUUGCGUCGAGGCCAUUGUCUCGUGGGCCAACCUGCAGCGCCGCCAGAGUGGUCUGGACGCCGCCAUUGAUAUAUACAAGGCGCAGAUUGACUCCCCGACAGUGGACAUCUUUACCAAGGCCGCUUUAGUUACCGAGUGGGCUUAUCUUUUGUGGAAGGUCAAGGGAUCGAGCGAGGAAGCUCGCGCUUGUUUCUCCAAGAACGUCCAGUGGUAUUCGGACAGCCGCCACUUCUGGCAAAAGUGGCUGGAGUUUGAGCUGGGCCAGCCCACCAAUGCUGAGCUUGAGGAACAGCAUGGUGCGAGGAUCAAGGACAUCAUUCAAAUGAUACGCAGCAAAAGUCGCCUGUCCCCAGCUGUCAAGCAAGAGUUGUGUCAGGUGUACCUGAACUAUUUGCAGGACCGUGGCGGUAAGAAGGCCAUGAAAGAAUUUCUGGCCCUCGACCGGGAACUGUAUGGACCUCAGUCGAUCUCGGUCAUUACUAAAGCCAAGCUCGGUGGUAAGGAGAACGGUGUUAUGGGCGAACUCGACGAACCCACUCGCCAGAAGGCCGAGGCCAGAUUUUACAGCUUUUACCAGCUCCAUAUGGACCCCGAUCCGAACGCUCAAGGACCGGCUAGCUUUAAUUAAGCACACGGCGCUACUCCUUGAUAUUAUGGCUAGGUCUGCCGCCCACGGCAUCUCCGCUGAACUACGGAUAUCGAUAAACUGAACGAAAAGAGUAAUCGGCAUCCCCCCUUCCUUCCCCGUAUGCGUCAUGUAGCCUUUGACUUUUUAGACUUGCCCAAAAACCAAUGCGAAGCAGAAGAGGCCGAUCUAGGUCCCAGCAAGGUUGACUAAUUUCCGAACGUUCAGCCUAUCGACACGUUCCAGUGAAGGCAAGCUGGCAUCUUUUGUCGACCUCUUCCAGUCUAGCAAACCGGCAUCGUAUAUUGACCCGUUCCAGGUUGGCAAUCUGGCAUCGUGAAAGCAAUAAUCGUAUGGGAUUUCAAGAAAUUUGCGGCCGGUAACAAAACGUGAACAAACAAUGGGAGAUCAGGACCCCAGGAAAAGAACAUAAAACAACGGGGGAGGUUGUUUGUAUUUCUAUAAUAAUAGCGAACAAAAUGGAUCUUGCGUUAGAUAGAGGACCGUAGUAAUCUGAUCAUCGUUGUACAUG